AUGCCGCGUGCGUCAUGUGCGCUCGUGCUUCUGGCGGUUGGCCUUUGUCCAUGCUGGCUGACGUCCACGUGCCACCGGCCUGGACGGAUGCGGGGCACGAGAGUUCUCCUGCGAGGUCGCCAUCGACUUCUUCGAGCCGGGGAGGUCGGUGGCCAGGCGCGACGCGCUGCGAAGUUUUGGGACUGGUUCUACGGCUCCCGCUUGCAACCGCCUGAGGGCUGUCAAGCAGAGAGACCAGAGGCCGUGGGCACGGAGUGGAUUUCCCGCCCCGACGCCUUGCUCCCGAAGCUCCUGGAGGCCUUCCGCCGACGCUGCCCGGAAACGAUCCUGGAGAUCGGUUGUGGCGACAGCUCCCUCGCCCAGCAGCUCCACGAGAAUCUGGGUGGGGCCAUGCUAGCUGUCGACAUCUCUGAGGAGGCCCUUCGCCGAGCCGCAGAGAGGGCAGCUGGCAGGUCUGGCUUGCGUUUUGCCGUGGCCGAUGCGACGGACCUUGGACAUCUCUUCGAAGAUGGCGAGGUGGGUGCCGUGGUCGACAAGGGUCUCGCCGACACGCUGCACCACGGCGGCAGUUUCGCGCGCGGACGCGGGAGUCCCGAGCGCUCAGAAGGGUUCACGGACGAGGGUGAAAGUGACUCGGGUAUUCGCCUUCCCCACAACCUGUGCGCUGUGCAUGCCUGCGCUGUGCGUGUAUGCAUGCCGAAGUUCAGUCUCAAGUUGAGCAUGAUGGUCAUCAAGCUUCACAAGUUCGUUUUCGUGGGACAGCUGGCCGAAGGUUCGACCUUGCCAGCCGUGGCGACCCUGGGGCAACCGCCCCCUGUGCCAGAGCGUGGCGUGGCAGAGUCUUUGGCGCGGACGGAGAAGGCUGUGGACAAGUUCAGUGGCGAAGGCGGCUCCCUGACGGCCCAAGAUUGCGCGAUUUGCAUGUCGGAGCGGAGAGACACGGCGGUUUUGCCGUGCCGGCACAUGUGCCUUUGCAGUGGCUGCGCCGAAACCAUGCGAACGCAGAUCCAGUAUCACUCUUACAGGUGUCCCAUUUGCCGCGAGAGAGUCUCCAGUCUCCUCCAAGUGCGGGCCGAGGCUCCUCAGGAGCCUUAG